GACGCUAUAAACAAGUCUAUAAACAAGUCCAAACAGUAAAUACUUGCAGUUAACAAUGCUCUGCUCUGUCUAUACAUACAUUGCACAGAACAAACAAGUUGAUUAAAUUAUUCAGUGCCCCUUAUUUAUUUCUGCACCUAAUUUUCCUCUCUUCAUUCUUGCCUAUAUAUUCUCUUCAAUUUUUCAUUUCCAGCAAUCUUUCUCACUCUAUAUUAUAAAGCUGCAAUUUUUAUUUUCCAACCUCUAAUUUAUUCUCCUCCCUUAAAGUUUGUUUUUUUCUGUGUUUUUUUACUUGUUUCUUUUGAAAUAUGAUGAUUAUUGGUGCAAGAAAUGUAAAGCUGGGAUCUUUUUGUUAAUUUAGUUGUGGGUUUGUAGUUUGGAUUGUUGUUGUUGAGCUAAAUUUGUAUUCUUUGUGUGUUUGUUUAUUUAUUGGGGUGUUCUUGUUAUGUGGGCUGGCCUUGUUGGAUCCAAGGAUUUGUAAGUGUACUGUUUUUGUAAUUUUGGGGGUAUAAGAGGUUAAUUUGGUUGGGUUCAAGUGAUUAUUUAGUUUGUUCAAUUUCAAGAUUGUAGGGUUCUAUUGGAUUUGGGAUCUUUAUGUGAUUUUAAGAUUUGAUUACAUGAGUCAAAAUUUGGCAAGGUUGCUGAAAUUUUAGGCCUGCUGAUUCCUGUAAUGAAGGCGAUUCGGAAAAAUAUGGAGUGGGAUUUGAAUGAUUGGAAAUGGGAUGGUGAUCAGUUUACAGCUGCUCCAUUGAGAUCAGUGGCAGCAGAUUGUAGGAGUAGGCAGUUUUUUCCCAUUGGACCAGAGAUUCCUGUUGUGACAGGUUUAUCCAAUAGUUCUUCCUCGUGCUCGGAAGAAAUUGAUUUAAGAAAUGAGAGAGAACAGAGGGAACUAGAGAAGCGGAGGAGGGUUUUCGUUGUUGAUGAUGAUGAGUUAGAUGAUGAAUCUGGAUCCCUUAAUUUAAAUCUCGGGGGAAUGGUGUACCCUGUAGCUAAUGGAGAAGUGGAAAAUUGGAACGGAAAGAGUGGAAAGAAAACCAAACUUGGUGGCUCUGCAUCCAGUGGCGCAGUUUGUCAGGUAGAUGAUUGCCGAGCUGAUUUGAGCUCUGCAAAAGAUUAUCAUCGACGACACAAGGUGUGUGCUGUUCAUUCUAAGGCCACCAAAGCAAUGGUUGGAAGUGCGAUGCAGAGGUUUUGUCAACAAUGUAGCAGGUUUCACCUUCUCCAAGAGUUUGAUGAAGGGAAAAGAAGUUGUCGCAGGCGUUUGGCAGGUCAUAAUAAACGACGAAGGAAGACGCACCCAGAAAAUUCAAAUACUGGAGUACCAGUGAAUGAUGAACUAAGUAACAGUUACUUGUUGAUUAGUCUUCUAAGGAUACUCUCCAAUAUGCACACUGAUAGCUCUGAUCAAAUGAAGGAUCAGGAUCUUCUUUCGCAUCUAUUGAAGAACCUUGCAAGUGUUGCUGGUACUAUUAACGAAGGGAAUCUUUCUGGGCUAUUGAAUGGGUCUUCGAAAUUGCAAUUGCAAAAUUUUGUUGCAUCUAGAGGACAGCAACUUUCUAGACCUACCGGACAAUGUACGGUUAUGCCUUCAUCUGGAAUGACCCAAAAGAGAGAGUUUGUGGAUAAUGUUUCUGGUGGAAAAUUUCAAACUCCGCCUGCUCAACUCUCCAAUAUUCAUUUUCCCACUAAAGACUGCAUCGCAGCGAAUGCAAAUGCUUCAAACGCAAAAAUGGAGAGCACAAAAGAACUUAACUUUGACUUGAAUGAUGUUUAUGAUGAUUCCGAAGAAUGUAUGGAACCUUUGGAGAGAUCUGAUGCCCCAAUAUGUGUAGAAAACGGAUCUGCUGGUUACCCUAUAUGGAUACACCAAGACUCUGACAAAUCAAGCCCCCCUCAGACAAGUGGGAAUUCAGGAUCACUAUCUACUCAAUCACCAUCUAGUUCCAGUGGAGAGGCUCAGGUUCGUACGGAUAGAAUUGUUUUCAAACUCUUUGGGAAAAAUCCUAGCGAGUUCCCCCUUGUCCUGCGAAGUCAGAUUCUUGGCUGGUUAGCGCACAGUCCUACAGACAUAGAGAGCUACAUAAGACCUGGAUGUGUCAUAUUAACAAUAUAUCUCCGAAUGGAAAAAUCCACAUGGGAGGUGGUCUGUAGCGAUUUAAGCUUCAGUUUACGGAAGCUUCUGGACUCUGACUCUUUCUGGAAAGAAGGAUGGAUUUAUACCAGGGUGCAAAAUCGUGUAGCAUUUGUACAUGAUGGUGAGGUUGUUCUAGACACACAAUUAACAGUAACCAAUGACAAAAACUGCAAUAUAUCGAGCAUCAGGCCAAUAGCAGUUACCGUGUCUGAGAAUGCUAAUUUUUUGGUUAAAGGCUCCAACAUGUCUCAGUCUACAAGGAUACUAUGUGCACUUGAAGGGAUGUAUCUGGUUCAGCAAAGCUGUUCAGAACUAAUGGAUGGAUGUGGUUCAUUAUCUGAGAGUGAUAAGGGUCAGUCCCUUAGCUUCCCAUGCUCUAUACCAAAUGUUAUGGGAAGAGGAUUCAUUGAGGUUGAGGACCAAACUCUCGGAACCAGCUUCUUCCCAUUCAUAGUCGCCGAGAAGGAUGUUUGUUCUGAAAUUUGCACUCUGGAGAGUGCUUUAGAGCUGGCUGAAACUACUUCUGGUAUUAAGGGGGAAACUGAACAUUUGGAGGUGCAUGACCAAGCUUUGGAGUUUGUACAUGAGAUGGGCUGGCUUCUUCACAGGACUCAAUUGAAAAUUAGAUUAGGACCCAAUGAUCCGAACCUUGAUUUAUUCUCAUUCAAACGAUUCAGGUAUCUCAUGGAGUUCUCCUUAGACCAUGACUGGUGUGCAGUGGUUAAGAAACUUCUCUGCAUAUUGUUUAGUGGUAUUGUUGAUUCUGGAGAACAUCCAAACAUUGAGCGUGCACUUUUAGAUAUCGGCCUCCUCCACAGAGCUGUACAGAGAAACUGCAGGCCCAUGGUACAAGCUCUUUUGAGUUUUAUCCCUGCAAAUGUUAUAGACAAAUAUGGACCGGAGCAAACUUUACCGGGUCAUAUCUUCAGGCCGGACUCAGCUGGACCUGGGGGUUUGACUCCUCUUCACAUAGCAGCCAGCAGUGGUGGUUAUGAGACUGUCUUGGAUGCCCUGACUGAUGAUCCUCAAAUGGUGGGACUUGAAGCUUGGAAAAAUGCCCGCGAUGGUGCAGGUCUGACACCCCAUGACUAUGCAUUCCAGCGAGGCUGUCACUCAUACAUCAACAUGAUCCAAAAGAAAACGAAAACGAGAUCAGGACAGGGACAUGUAGUGGUUGACAUCCCUGGUACCAUCAAACAGAAACUCCCAGGUGGACCAAAACCUACUGAAGUUUCUAGCUUCCAAACCGAAAAGGCCAUCAUGAAACUUGUCCAGUCAAAUUGCAACUUGUGCGAACAAAAGUUGGCUUAUGGCAACUACAGAAGAUCCUUAGCAUCAUAUCGUCCAGCAAUGCUCGCCAUGGUUGCUAUUGCAGCUGUUUGUGUAUGCGUAGCUCUGCUCUUCAAAAGCUCACCCGAGGUUCUCUACGUGUUCCAGCCAUUCAGAUGGGAGCAUCUGAAGUUUGGAUCAAGCUAAGAAGCGAAAUACAAGUGUGUGCAUUGUACUGACUGGACUCGGAACUCUUAUCGUUUGUGUUUUUGCAAUCUCUUACUUUAGAAAUAAGUUACAAGAGCUGAACUUGAAUUCUUGAAAUUAGGAUUUAGUGGCUGUUGCAUAUGUUUCUGUAUAUAUAUGCCUGAGCUUAUACGCACUUAAGGAUGAAAAUCCAUGCGAGCACCCCUCAGUAUAACACUGUAAAUAUGAAAUUUACAAGUGAGCUAGAUUAUUGCUUGCGGGGUGCUGCUUAUGCAGAUUGUGGAAGAUUAAAAAUAAUUCGUGUUUGUAAUGGGUGUUUGGUUAUAAAUUCGAGAUAUUUUAUUCCCAA